CGUUCCGGUAUUCUAGCCGCCCGCCCCGCCCCUCGGCCCCCAGCGCCGCCUCCCCCGCCCGGCGCCAUGGCCGCUGCGGCCGGGGACGGCGCGGUGAAGCCGCUGCAGUGCGCCAUGAAGCUAGCCAACGGGGCCAUCGAACUGGACACCGGCAACCGGCCCCGGGAGGCAUACACAGAAUACCUGAGGAGCAUCCACUACAUCUCCCAGGUGCUGCUGGAAGAAGUGGAAACCACCAAAGAAGCUGGGGAGGCCGUGCCCCCGGAGACCCUGAAGAUGCUGAAGCUGGCCGAGCAGUGCCUGGAGAGGGCCCAGUCCACGGCUGCCAAGCUCGGGAAAGCCCGCCUGAAGCCGGCCAUGCCCGUGGCUGCUCCUGUGCCCGCACCGACCGGCCGGCACCGCCGGGUGUACUCUGACGAAGGGGGGAAGCUCCUCCCGUUUCUGCCGCCCGAGAUGUUCCAGAGGCUCCAGGUGGUGGAGCCGCAAGGCUCUAAGAAGGAGCUGACACCCCUGGAGGAGGCCUCCCUGCAGAAUCAGAAGCUGAAGGCCGCCUACGAGGCCCGGGUGGCCCGUCUGGACUCCAGCCAGGCCCUACAGAAGACGUCACUGACCCUGUCCCUGCAGCGGCAGAUGAUGGAGAACCUGGUGAUCGCCAGAGCCCGGGAGGAGACUCUGCAGAGGAAGAUGGAGGAGCGCAGGCUGCGGCUCCAGGAGGCAGCCAACAGGAGGUUCUGCAGCCAAGUCGCCCUGACGCCAGAGGAGCGGGAGCAGCGGGCUCUCUAUGCUGCCAUCCUGGAGUACGACCAAGACCACGUGAGUCCCGCAGGAUGGGGUGGGGGAGAGUCCCGGGGUCCUGGACAGAGGAUGCGGGGUCACGUGGGCCUCAUGGUGUUGGGUCUUCCCUGCACCCCAGAGAGGGUGUCAACAGUGCGGCCUGACCUUUGGGGUGCAGCUGUGGCAAGGGGAGGGAGGGGGCACCCCACCGGGGGGCCAUGUGCUGCUCCAGGGCCUUCCAUCCUGCAGGACUGGCCCAAGCACUGGAGGGCUAAGCUCAAGAGGAGCCCUGGGGACCUGUCACUGGUGACCAGCCUGGUGUCCCACCUGCUCAGCGUUCCCGACCACCCCAUCUCGCAGCUCCUGAAGAGGCUGCAGUGCACAGUGUACCGGGCGCUGUACCCCGUCGUGAGCAGGGGCGCCGCCGCCACCUCGGCCCCCAGCAGCUGCUCCCUGCCCCCUGGAAGCCGACGGCUCCGGCCCUCACAGAGCCUGCACUGCAUGCUGUCCCCGCUGGAGCCCAGCCCGGCCCUGCGGCCCCCUGACGGGCCUCCUCCCAGUCCCCCCCCAGCCCCACUCCAACCUGGGCUCCCCGACAGAGGGGUGGACAGCAGCCCUAAGGGGCCUCCCUCGCCCCAGGUGGGCAAGGACAGCUCCUUCGAGGACCUGGAGCAGUUCUUGGCCACCUCUGAGCGGUGGGGCCAGGGCCCCGGGGGCCGGCCUGAGCCUCAGCCCCCAGAGGUAAAGGAGGAGCCGUUGCUGGCACAGUUGAGGGGCACCGUGAAGGACAUCCACGAGGCCAUAGACAGGCUGCUCUCGCUGACCCUCCUGGCUUUCGAAGGCCUGAACACAGCCGUCUCCAAGGACCGCUGCCUGGCCUGCAUUGAGGAGCCCUUCUUCUCCCCACUGUGGCCCCUGCUGCUGGCCCUCUACAGGAGCGUGCACCGCACCCGGGAGGCUGCCCUGAGCAGGAGCAUGGAGCUCUACAGAAACGCACCCCCGGCUGCCCUGGGCAUCCCCAGCAAGCUGCUCCCUCCAGACCCAGAGAGCCUGGGAGCCAGUGCCUACCCCUACUGGGCAGCAGCCCAGGAACUGGGGCUGCUGGUCCUGGAGAGCUGCCCCCAAAAGAAGCUGGAGUGCAUUGUGCGGGCCCUGCGGGCCAUCUGCGCCUGUGCCGAGGGCUACCACCGGGCCCAGGAGCCUGUGCCAGAGGCUGGACCGCCACCCAGCUCAGCGGCCAUUGGUGCUGACGACCUCCUCCCCAUCCUGUCCUUCGUGGUGCUCAGAAGCGGCCUCCCGCAGCUGGUGUCGGAGUGCGCUGCUCUGGAGGAGUUCAUCCACGAGGGGUAUCUGAUUGGAGAGGGGGGCUACUGCUUGACCUCACUGCAGAGCGCCCUGAGCUACUUGGAGCUGCUGCCCCAGGGGGCCCUGGGCAAGGACAGGAGGAGGGUCCCUGCCGAGGACUGUCCGGGAGCCACCUGCCCUGGGGCUCUGCAGCUGUUGCCCCCGCCCUGACCUGACAUCUGCUGCCGGGGCUGCUCCUGACUGGACGGGGCUGAGCUGAGCCAGCUCCCAGGCACCAGGCCCUUCUCUUCCCUGCUCCAGCCUCUGAGCAGCCUGCGCGGUAGGAGCCAGAGCUGCCAGCUCCCCUGGGGGCAUGAGGUUGGAGCCAGGGCGUGGGCCUGCUGCCCCGAGAGGGCUCACUGAGCCAGCUUCUUGUCAGAGUCAGGAGCUCGUCAGCCCUCUGCCCUGGAGCCUGGGGCUUGGGUGGUUUGGGACUGUACUGUUUAUUUAUUGGGCAUUGACCACUCCACUGUCCCUUGGACUCAGGCGUCCCCGGGACACCUGCUGUGGCGGGGGACUCUGGGCCACAUUCCCACCCUGGGCAGUGGGCGUCGGAUGGGUGGGUGGAGGUUCCUACCCCCACACAUCCUCUUCUGAGUUGGUGCGGACCCAGGGGUCAGGGCCUGCCUGCAGCCCAUGGCCUGGCCCGACUCUGCCUGUCCCCAGCAGCCACUGAGCUGGCUGAAAAUAAAGAGGUCACCGACAUCUCUGCCCGAGUGGGUUGCUUGCUCCCCACUCACUGGCCAACCAGCAAGAGCCAAACUUCCAGAGACCACUUCAGCCCACCCACCACAACAGGCCCUCUGCAAGGGACUGGGGUAGCCCCGGAGUGCCCCCUAGGGCAGGAGGCUCUGAGGGGUCUGGCGGGGUGGAGGCCACGCCUGGGCAGAACCUGACCCCGCAGCAUGCAGCCUGAAGGGCUCUCAGGAAUCAGUUUUUGCUCCAGAAUGCAGACAUGUGUGGGCCCCUGAGCGGAGGUACCUGCAACUCCAGGAGAGGAGAGAGCAGGUGGCGGGGCCCCUCAUGGGCGUGUGUGCCAAGGAAGAAGGGGCCCCAGCAAUCUGGGCGGCCAGAAGUGGGUGGCGUGGGCCCAUCCACAGCAGACACUGGGCACGGGAGUGGUGCUCAGGUUCUUAGGGAAACACUGUCACAAAACGGCGACCAGACAGUCAGGCAUUUACUGGGCCAGGCAGUGCCCCAGGCCUUCUGAGGGUUCACCGCCUGAGGUGAGGUGCCUUCUCCAGCGGACGACUCUUGGUGACGGAGCUGGGUCUGAGUCCAGCAGGCCAGCUUUUGAGGCCACUGGGCACCUGGGGCUGCUGUCCUGCCAGGGUCCUGUGAGGGCUGUGGUCCUCCGCCCACCAGUGCCUCAGGAACGGACAGGGCCGCACCUGCGUUCCCCCGUGUGGGUGGUGAGGGCAGGGGGA